GCGGCAGUGAACGGAGGAAGCGGGGCUGCCGCCGCUUGGCCCGGCCCGCGUCUCCAUGGCGACGCUGCGGCCUAGUGGUCGGGGUUAAGCGUUUCUGCCCGAGGUCUGGGCAGUGGCGGGCAGGAUGCUCCCUCAGUACUGCGUCUCGCUGGCCAGCGUGCAGAAGGCUCAGGCCACCAUUGGUGGCCUGGUCCACCGAACCCCUGUCCUCACCAACUCCACCCUGGACCGUCGGGCGGAGCGGCGGGUCUUCCUCAAGUGCGAGCUUUUCCAGAAAACGGGAUCGUUCAAGAUCCGAGGAGCCCUGAAUGCGGUGUCCGGCCUCGCUGAGAGGGGGCAGGAAGGCCUCCAGGCCCGAGCGGCGGUGACCCACAGCAGUGGCAACCAUGGACAGGCGCUGGCCCUCGCUGCCCGAAUGAAAGGAAUUCCCUCGUACGUGGUUGUACCUCGAACAGCCCCAGCCUGCAAGAAGGCCGCCAUGCUGGAGUACGGCGCACACCUCCUGGAGUGUGAACCCACCGACGAGUCUAGAGCGGAAACCGUGUCCAGAGCAGUCAUCGAGACCCAAGGAAUCCUUGUCCAUCCCAAUCAGGAUCCUCUCGUGAUUGCGGGCCAGGGCACCAUUGGAUUGGAGAUUUUAGAACAGGUCCCAGAUGUCCAGGCAGUGGUGGUACCGGUUGGUGGUGGAGGUCUGAUAUCGGGGAUCGCGGUUGCUGUCAAGACACAGCACCCGCACGUGAAGAUCUACGCGGCAGAGCCAGAGAAUGCGGAUGACUGCUACCAGUCAAAGAGGAACGGCUGCUUGACGCCCAACGCAAGCCCUCCUGUGACACUGGCUGACGCAGUGAAGACCAGCAUUGGAACAAACACCUGGCCCAUCAUCAGGGACCUGGUAGAUGAUGUGUUCACCGUCAGCGAGGAGGAGAUCCAGCGGGCCACGCGCCUGAUCUGGGAGCGGGCGAAGCUGGUGAUCGAGCCUACGGCUGGGCUGGGCGUGGCGGCAGUGCUGUCCCGGCGUUUCCGAGACCUCCCCGGCAGUCUCCGCAACGUCUGCGUUGUGCUCUGCGGCGGCAACGUCGACCUGGACUCCCUGGGGUGGCUCCGCGCACCCAGCGACGCCAGUUGAGAAGGUACCGACCUCUUCGGCGCAAGGGCGGGCUGGUGUGCCAACUGCGUCCGUAAGUGGAGCCCGUCGCGCCGCUGGGCGGGGGGGGGGCUCCUCGUUGAAUUUACAGUGAACAAUAAAUCAGGGGUGGUAAUCAAUACUUGGAUCAAAGAGACGGGCUAGAACCGAUCGUGGACAAAAUGGCAUUGUGUGUGCAAGGGGUGCUCUGGGGCAGAGUCGGGGAGCUGAAUACUCUGAUUAAAAACAAAAGCUCUGAUAGCCGGGCACAGCCGGGGUUUACCAGGACAAGAGAGGUUCUGCAGAUGCUAGAAACAUUGAGUAAGGGGUUCACAUCCUAGGAUCCACAGAGCCCCUCGGUUAAUGUCAUGAAAAGGUUGGAAACUUCCGUUGAAGAAGGACCCAGCAGGUCAGGCAGCAUCAAUGGAGAGAAAUAAGCAGUUGAUGCUUUGGGCUGAGACCCUUGGUCAGGAUUAUCCUCCUCACCUUAUUCUGGAUUCUGCCCCAGACCUGAUGAAAAGUCUCGGCCCAAAACACCGACAGUUAAUUUCCCUCCGUUGAUGCUGCCUGACCUGCUGGGUUCCUCCAGCACCUUUUGUGCGUGGUGCUGAGGGAUUUUACGGAUAUUGGAUGUUCAUUGUGCUUUUUUUCCUGAUGGUAUGCCGUUAUUCUCGUCCACCAGGGAGACUUAACUGGGACUGGGGUGCUGAUGAGUGGGGAGGGAAUGCAAGGACCAGCAGCCCAGUGGGUAGAGAUGGGGCACAGGGUCCUGGAGGGUGAGUGGGGAAGGUGGAACAGCCUCCCCUGUGGGCAGGAAGACAGGAUGGCAAGCAUCACUUAGUGAGCCAGGGGGAUUUCUGACUCAUCGGAGAGCAGGUUAUCCGAGUCUAACCAAUCAUGUUUAGGUUACCUCAGGACCAAGUUCCAGACCUUGUCUUAGACGUUGUUGACUUUAUUGAAAGGCACAAUGGUGAGAUUAACUUUGCUGAGAUAACGCUCAACAAUGCUUAAUUGUAUGUUUGCUGAUUGCUAAUAAAGGAUUGGAAU